CGCGCUGCUGCUAGUCGGCCGCCGUCGCGACUGAGGACCGGAGAGAGAGACCAGCGGCUAAGGAGGAAGGAGGCCGGACCGCCGGGAUCGCAGCCAGGAAGGAUCGACCCAUGGGGUUGCUCUCCUGCGUCGGGAGGUUGCUCUUCGGCUCCAUGUUCCUCCUCUCCGCCUACAGGGAGGGCAGAGAGUAUGGAUCUGAUGGUGGACCCGCUGCCAGGUAUCUCGAGCCCAAGUUCAACCUUUUUGCGAAGCAGGUGUCCACUAACACCGGAAUGGCUGUCCCACAAAUCGAUAUCAAGACUGUCAUUGCCACUACCUUGUAUCUCAAAGCUUAUGGGGGUGGACUCUUCAUACUGUACAGCUCCUUCGGAGCAUUCUUACUGCUUGUUUAUCUUGCACUCAUAACCCCUGUUAUGUAUGACUUCUACAACUACGAAACAGGGUCGCCACAAUUUUUUCAGCUGCUUACCCAGUUUUCUCAGAACCUGGCCCUUUGUGGUGCGCUGAUCUUCUUCCUGGGGAUGAAGAAGUCCAUCCCAAGGAGGCAGUCGAAGAGAAGGACUGUGAAGACCAACAACUUGAUGGAAGUCAGCAAAGAUUUGUAG